AUGUUAUGCAUUUUUUUUAUUGUUCAAGGUACAUGUGGUCUUUUUAUUGUCUUUAUACAUACAUGUGCCAUUGUUUUUAAUUGGACAUCAGCCAAAAUGGCAGAGUUACCACCUGAACAACGUUAUUUUCUUUGGUUGGUAACUGCUUUUACUCAUUUGGUCACGAUUUUUUGUAUCAUUUGGUUUUUCAUUGGUCAUAUUUGGUUCAUUCAAGAAUUAGGUAUUGAUUUUCAUUAUAUUGUGGGUAUUUGUAUGAUUUACGAUCGUAUACAGUAUAGUCGACGAGUUUUACAUCCAUUUGAAAAGAAAAUUCAUCAUUAUCUCCAACAAUCGUCUGAAAAUGACAAAUGUCUUGAUGCAAAAGAAAAAACAGAAAAUCAGAAAAAUGUUGGUGACAAUGCUAAUAUUAAUCAAUUAUUGAUGAAUAUUUGA